UUUGUCAAGUCAUUCGGUGGCAGCCAUUUUGCGUUGUGUUUAGUGGAAAAAGUAUUUUUCAAGCAAGAUGCCUGGCCCAGAAGAACCUAUAUCAACAGUUGUUAUUCACCCGAUAGUUCUGUUAAGUGUUGUAGAUCAUUUUAAUCGCAUGGGGAAAGUAGGCAGUCAAAAACGAGUGGUUGGAGUCCUGUUGGGUUCCCGAAGAAAGGGAGUAUUGGACGUGUCUAACAGUUUUGCUGUUCCUUUUGAUGAAGAUGAUCGUGAUCCAAAUGUCUGGUUUCUUGACCAUGACUACCUUGAAAACAUGUAUGCAAUGUUUAAAAAAGUCAAUGCAAGAGAAAGGAUUGUCGGCUGGUAUCACACAGGGCCAAAGCUAAAUAGCAACGAUAUUAAGAUUAAUGAACUUGUUAAAAGAUAUUGUGCCAACUCCGUCUUAGUAAUCAUAGAUGCCAAACCACGGGAUCUUGGUUUACCAACCGAUGCAUACGUAGCUGUUGAGGAAGUCCAUGAUGAUGGUACUCCAACGACAAGGACGUUUGAACAUAUUCCAAGUGAAAUAGGUGCAGAAGAGGCAGAGGAAGUAGGCGUAGAGCAUCUUCUCAGGGACAUCAAAAAUCUAACUGCAGGAACUCUGUCACAGCGCAUCACUAAUCAGCUCAACUCACUCAAAGGUCUUCAUGCUCGCCUUUGUGACAUAAGGGAUUACCUUGAAAAAGUUGCUACUGGCAACCUUCCAGUAAAUCAUGCUAUUAUCUAUGAAUUACAGGAUGUGUUCAACUUACUGCCUAAUUUGAAUAUUGAAGAAUUCUUCAAAUCUGUGACAGUUGUGACAAAUGACCAAAUGAUGGUUAUUUAUGUUGCAUCACUCAUGCGURCUAUUAUUGCCUUACAUAACUUGAUUAGUAAUAAAGUCACAAACAGAGAUGCUGAAAAAGAUGAAACAAUGAAAAAGGAUGAGAAGAGUAAAGAGAAAGAAAAGGACAAAGACAAAGACAAAGACACCAAAGAAAAAGAAGACAAAAGCAAGGAAAAGGAUACCAAAAAAUAAGAACAUUUAAGACAAUAAUUAUUGUUUAUUGUUUACUACUGUUCUUAAGUUAUGAAUGUAUCGUUUUUCUUAGUUAAUAUGUUGACUAUUGACUAGUAAAUACUAUAUUGGAUUACAUCA